UAUUUUGUUGGCGCUGCCAGACACGACGCCCAGACACCACACGUUUGGUCUCUCGUGUAUUGGAUCCCGAAAUCUUACUCUCUCUCAGUCUCACUCACAAUCAUGAUUUGAAAAGAUCCCCUCUCUCUCUCUCUCUCUCUCUCUCUCUGCAACUUCCAUAAUCUACAGUCGUGAAGGCAUAAACACCAAAGAAAAAGAAGAUCUCGAAGAUCUCUGAAGCGCGCUCCUCGCUGUUUAAUUACCUAUCUGUCGCCCAGUCCUUCCUCUCCACCUCUUCCAAAGAUAAGCAAGGCUUUUGGGAGGAAAGAAGCUUGUAUUUAAAAAGAAUACCCAAGCAAAAGGUGUGAUUUCUUUUUGGAGCUUUUCAAGCCAGGGAAAGGCAUAUCUUGGGAUUCCACAACUCCUCUUUCGUUUCCUCUCUCUGGGUUUGCGGCCUGCAACAUAUCAUUCUGAAAAAUCCUUCUAAAACUGCAGCUUCACUCUACUUUCCUUCUAUCUGGUUCAAGGGUUCCAGCCUCUGCCUGCAAUAUAUAUAUAUAUAUAUCUUCUCAGAAACCUUGGAAAAACUGCGAUCUUUGGAGGGGAGUUUCAAUUUUCAAACAAAAAGAAAGAUCUUGCGCCAAACUGAAAACCCACUUGGGAAGCUCCUAAAGACGCUGAAGGGUCUUUAGGAGAACCAUUAAUGGAAGAUGGGUAUGACAUUUUCAACAUGGACUGUAGUGGUAGGAGAUCGAUCAGAAAUGAAGAAUUUGACGAGGAAGAUGUUUGGGCUGUUAUGAAAGAAAGAACAGACAUCGGUCUCAGGGUCAUAAAAUCAAAGCAUCCAUCCUCGGUUUCUAGUCCGGCACCGAGGCGCUUUCCAACUGCUUCAAGAAUGAUCCCAAGAGCAGCUAAUAAUCCCACUUACGAGGCCAAGGUUCAUCAGCAAUCAGCACCUGUAAACAUUCCUGACUGGUCAAAGAUCUACAGAAAGAGCUCGAAGGGGGCGUCAGGUAGCUUCAGGGAUGGUUCAAGUUCUCUUCGUGGUAGCCACAAAGGUGCCUUUCUUAACGAUGACGGGGAAAGCGAUGAUGCUGCUCAUGAUGAUGAGGAUGAUGAUGAUGAUGAUGAUAUGAUACCACCACACGAAUGGAUUGCAAGGAAGUUGGCAAGGAGUCAGAUUUCUUCUUUUUCUGUAUGUGAAGGUGCUGGGAGGACGCUCAAGGGGAGAGAUCUCAGCAAAGUGAGGAAUGCUGUACUCACUAGAACUGGGUUCUUAGAAUAGAUUAGCAUCAAAAUGCCAUCAACACCAUCAUUUAAUUGUAAUCAUCUUCCGGUAAACUGGUUUCAUGUAAACUUGUUUUCUGCUUUCAGUAAUUCUGCAGCUUGCAUCUGCCUUGGUGUUGGCUCUGACUUCACAUAGGCUCAGUUUGGAAGGAGUACAAAUAUGUAGAGUGCAAAAUCUUGUUGUAUUGUACAAAUAUGUACUCUUUCCAAACUGAGCYAUAGCUAAGCAUAUUAAUGAAAGAUAUAGAAUCUCAUUCCCAGCUUGCYUC